AUGGGCCGCGGCAGAAACCAACAAUUAUCGCCUGCACCCUCGAGAGAGUCGACCUCGCCUGUACCAUCACUGACCUCCUCCAUCUCCUCAUACUACAGGACGAGUCGGAAUUCGGGAGACUUCGAUGAGUUGUACGACGUAUCCGAUGAUGAUUCUGACAUCGCUCCGUCCGUACAGACUUCGAUCAGCAUACGCUCGUUAUCCUCGAAUGAAGCACCCUUGUCAAAGGCAAAGCAGAACCAAUACCCGUCCUUGGUGAUACCGUCACCAAGCUACUGGCCCACAAUACACAAGGAACACUCCGUUUCCCCACCACGACCACCAAAGAUACCCAUCUCACCUGCGGCGCUCUUUAUGUUAGGUCACGACCUGCCGACGCCAAGCAACCCGCCAUCGCUAAAUGGGAGCCUCGACUCAGAUCCGCUCGCCGGCACAAGCACUCCGGUUACACCUGAUGUGCAUAUAUAUCCGAAGAGUGGGGAUAUAUGGGGACAAGGGGAUGCUGUGCACAGACAAGGCGGUGAUAACAAACCGAAUCGGCCACAACUCAGGGUCCGAAUUGACGAUGGAUCUGGACAGUACCACGGGUCAGGUUUCAGUCCCGAGGACUGCAUCAGUGUUCAUGAUUUUGCCAUAGAUGCUGGGCGAGAUUACUCGGACAGUCCGGUGCCAACCCCAGAAGACAAUUCGUCGGACGUCGGCGUCCAGCUACCACCAGCUGCUCUAGAUACCUUGCAGCAUCUGUCUCUCGAGGUACCAGAGUUCGCUUCGCCGACCGAAUCGGAGAAGGAGAUGGAAGAAGUCUUCCCAGCUCCCGUUCGCCCGUCAAGCGCGGACAUUACGCCAAUGUCCCAGACAUCGGACUACAGCAUAUCAGGGCUCAGCAUCCCAUCUCCUGGGGGGUGCCCAUGGAACAGAGAAUCCCCUGCAACGGUUGAACAAGUCGUGGAAGUGCACGACAAUGAUACCGAUGGACCACCUACCGCUCGCCAACUACCUCCACGCCUCAUUGAGGAGGUUCCAUCUCCAGAAAGCCGCAGCAGUGGUGAAGUACAUCGAGUCGCGAUCACUGCGCCCUCGAGCGAUCACGACGGCAAUUACGAGCAGGCGAUCCAAGAAAGUGCCGAGAAAAGUUUAGAUAGAACAAGUGUAUGGCUUGCUGCUCAGACGUCGUAUAUGGCCUCGUUGAGAGAGACUUAUCCUGCCAGUGAAGUCGGUCUUAGCACAGAAAAGGCUCUUGUGAGAAGUAGUAGCCACGCUAGGAACGACUCAUUGGAAGCGCCCAUGAAGAAAGCAGUGAAAUUCCUGGAAAGCGAGAUCGCAAAGCGAGAAUAUCCGAUCGUCACGAGGCCUGGAGAAGGAGACUCGAUCUAUUACCAUGCUUUCCAGCACAUCAAGAGGCAGUCAAGCCGUGUCGACCCCUUUAGACAUCGUCAUACCAGGUCUGAUUCCCUCCAAGCCGCCCGAUUCAGCCUCCCCCAUGAGCACAUUGCUCAGCUCCAAGGCCAAUUCAAGAUUACAAAGGUCAAUCGCCCAGCUCCGCAGCGACCGAUAUCCAUGAUGCCCGGCAAAGAAGCAACAGCCGAGAACACUGCUGAAAAGGAAGUUUUCGCCCGAGUCGAAAGGGAGCGCCAAGCACUCGAGCAAGUGAGCGCAAGCAUCUGGGUCAUCGAAGCAGCUAAAUACCUCAGCGGAGGCCGUCUCCUCAACAGUCCUGCCGUCCAAUCCUUAACCAAAGCCCCGUCACUCAACGAUAUCAAAGGCUGUAAAAUUAGAGCAUUCUCACACGUCCUUGAUCUCGGCGGCCAACCAUCCUCUGACUGGGGUUGGCAUUGCUCCCGCGAAUACCCGAGCGCCAAGGUUUACACAGCAAGCACUACCGACACUCUUUUGUUCCCAACGAUCCGCGGUCCCCACAACCAUCGCCUACACACAGUCCCUUCCCUUUAUACACUUCCUUACCCGAACAACCAUUUCUCCGCCAUAUCCGCUCGGACACUCUUUUCCCACCUCAAACUUGACGUCCACCGAGGCUUCACCAUGGAUGAGUAUGACCUCUGCCUGCAAGAAUGUCUGCGCUGCCUCAAACCGGGCGGCUAUCUCGAAUACUUCCUCAUGGACUCUGAAAUCGUCAACGCCGGUUCCCGUGGCACCGCCAUGAGCGUAGAAUUUGGUUUCAAUUUGAAGACAAGAGGCUACGAUCCACUGCCAACCAAAUCCUUCCUCGGGCGGCUCCGUCGCGCCGGCUUCGACGACAUCAAACGCGCCUGGACCUUUCUGCCCAUGGGUACACCCACCAAAGAGCGACACAUGCUACCCGAGACGCCGCCACCCAACGUAUCGACUUUCGAAAACGGGCUCGAGAACGGGACGCGCAAAGUAGAAGCGGUGCAAGGGCCCGUGGGCAGCACGGCUGAUGCGGCUAGUAUGGCUGGCUUGGUCGGCAGUUGGGCAUGGGAGCAGUGGAUGAUUAAAUUGCAGACGGAGAUGGGAAAGGAGAAUUUGCUGGAGGGCGUCGCGGAGGUUCUGGAAGAGGGCAAAUGGACCGGGGCUGGGUGGAGGUGUUUGAGCGGCUGGGCGAGGAAGCCGAUCGAAUCCCUCUCGACAUCAACACUCACAUACAACGCCGGCAACGCCACCUCCAACGCCCCCGCCCGCACCCAGUGCGGAACGCAAGGCGCGAACAACAACGUCGACGGCGUCAUCUUGGCAUACGCGCCCGGAUCGGACAAGGUUGUGUAG